AAAUGUGAGGAACCAAGAAAAAUAGAGAUUGACAUGAAUAUUGCUGAGUAUUUUGAGGAGAAUGUAACUAAACAACAAUAACAACUCAAGCAGUGAAGCGAAUAUUAUUUUAACAAAAUCAUAAUUGUGUACCAUUGACUUCAUGACAGACGUGCAUUAAACAAACUAUUGUAUCUCGGAAACUACAUUACGAAAUGUACGCACAAAGAAUUUCUGUAAUUUUAAUGAUUGUAAAGCUCGCAGUCGGUCUAAACUCGGACGGAUUCUGUUCAUUCGUAGAAACUUAUACAGACCGAGUAACAUCCAUUAAACCGGUCGCAGUCAAGGUAUUGUUAACGAAGAGAUGUGGCAUCUUCAGGACUCGAACUUGCUAUGAAUACGGCGACCAAACGAGGUGGGAACGUGUUGCAGAGAAUGUCCAGAAAACGAGAACUUUGCAGAGAUGUUGUGAAGGAUACGCAUCGAAAAAUAGCAGAUGCGUUCCAGUUUGCAGUGUGCCUUGUCUAAAUGGAGUAUGCACUGAACCGGAUACCUGUACUUGUUCUACGGGGUAUCACAAAAAUGACAAAGGGGUUUGCAUCAAAAACGAAUGUGAGCCUACAGACCAAGAAAGUGAUCAAUGUGCGAAUGGGAAGUGCACGUCGGAUGGUAUCUGUGUGUGCAAUGAAGGUUUUGAUAAAAGCGAUUCAGAUGUAGAACCUAGUGUAAAACCUAAAUGUGAGCCAAAAUGUUCAGACGGUUGUUUGAACGGACAUUGUGUGGCACCAGAGACAUGUGUUUGCUAUUCUGGUCACCAAUCAGUGAACUCUUCCGUAUGUGAUCCCAUUUGCCAGAACUUAUGUGUUUUCGGGACAUGCACAAAGCCUGACGAAUGCACUUGUUUUGAGGGUUAUCAGUUACGAAACGGAUCGACACACAUCUGUGAUCCAGUGUGUUCGGGUGGUUGCUUCAAUGGAAAGUGUGAGAGCCCAGAUAUAUGUAUUUGUGACGAAGGGUAUGAAUUUCUAGUUGGAUCAGAUGUAUGUGAGCCAGUAUGUAUCAACGGAUGCGUUAAUUCUAACUGUACGUCUCCGAAUGUCUGCACUUGUCACGACGGCUAUAAGCAAUCGAAUUCAACUCAUUGUGAUAGUGUCUGUGAGAACUGCAGUCACGGAUAUUGUGAUGAACCGAAUGUUUGUCUGUGUGACAUCGGUUAUCACAUGAACGACGAGGAAACUUUUUGUGUUCAAGAUGAAUGUAGCGGCAACAUGGAGGAAGACAGUUGCGAAAAUGGAUACUGUCUGGAAGGGAUUUGUGUCUGCGAUUCUGGCUACCAGAAGAAUGAAACGAAAACUUGUUCACCGAUUUGCUCGUUACCAUGCGUCAAUGGAUAUUGCUCCGAACCGGAGGUGUGUCAGUGCCAUUCGGGAUAUGAUUUCACUACGGGUAACACCACUGAUGAUGGAAAUUGUACUAAUUGUACAAAUUUCAUCCAAUGGAACGUGUGCAACGCCGUAUGCGAAGAUUGCCAGAACGGAACAUGUAACGAAGGAAUAUGCUACUGUAUUGAUGAAUAUUCACUGCAUCCGAACAACAGAGGAAAGUGCAUUCUAACUGCCGAGCUAGUUAGCAUGCAAUCUCAUAACCAUGCAACAACAAUCACUUUGUCGGUGUUAUCUGCUGUUCUGAUUGUAUGUCUUCUAGGUGGGUUUGCUUACUGGAAGUAUGUGUUGUGGAGCCGAAAAAGCUAUGAAUGCACUUCAGUUCCAGGUGGAGGUGUCGUAUAUAGAAAAGAGAAGAAUAUCAUCGAAUUGUGAUAAAAUGCAAAUUUUGGACUAGUUUUCGUCACAUGCAGAAAUCUGGUUCGUCUUUCUUCUUAAAAUAAAUUCAAAAAGUGAAA